AGAUCGCCGUAGAAUCUUUUUUUCUAACAUACUGAAAAAUGAAAAACAUCAGAGAUUAGCUUCCGUUAUCCGAGAAGAGCUCCGAAAUUCUUCGAUUUCGUUUGGUUACCUUUGCGACUUUGGAAUCGAUCGAUAUACAACAAAAUUAUUGGUCAGCGCUGUUCAAGGACAGAAGAAAACUUAACAUUACUCGAGCAACUGUCAAACAAGUUUCAAACUUGACUGUUCUCUUCUUCAAGUAUCAUUCAAUAAAACCAGCGUGGUUUAUAUUUAAAUGGUAUCCGUUCUCUGUCCACAGCGUGAGUGCAUUUCUGUUCAUAUCGGACAAGCCGGCGUUCAAAUUGGCAACGCUUGUUGGGAACUCUACUGCUUGGAACAUGGAAUUCAGCCGGAUGGACAAAUGCCCAGCGACAAAACUAUUGGUGGAGGAGACGAUUCGUUCAACACUUUCUUCAGUGAGACUGGAGCUGGAAAGCACGUCCCUCGAGCCGUGAUGGUCGACUUGGAGCCAACGGUGGUUGAUGAAGUCCGCACUGGUACGUACCGUUGCUUAUUUCACCCUGAGCAGUUGAUAAGCGGCAAGGAGGACGCCGCUAAUAAUUAUGCUCGCGGGCAUUACACUGUUGGAAAAGAACAAAUCGACCUUGUUCUCGACAGAAUCAGGAAACUGUCCGACCAGUGCACCGGUCUUCAAGGCUUUCUUAUCUUCCAUUCGUUUGGCGGAGGAACAGGUUCUGGUUUUACGUCUCUGCUUAUGGAGCGCCUAUCUGUAGACUACGGCAAGAAAUCCAAGCUGGAGUUUUCCAUUUACCCCUCCCCUCUGAUAGCCACAGCGGUAGUAGAGCCCUACAACUCGAUUCUUACCACUCACACCACCCUGGAGCAUUCUGAUUGCGCGUUCAUGGUAGAUAACGAGGCAAUUUAUGACAUCUGUCGCCGUAAUCUUGAUAUUGAAAGGCCGACAUACACCAAUCUCAACCGACUGAUUGGACAGAUUGUGUCCUCCAUUACUGCAUCUCUGAGGUUUGAUGGAGCACUCAAUGUGGAUCUCACGGAAUUUCAGACCAACUUGGUACCAUAUCCUCGCAUCCACUUCCCUCUCGCCACGUAUGCGCCAGUUAUAUCAGCCGAGAAAGCCUACCACGAGCAGCUAAAUGUUGCCGAGAUCACGAACGCCUGUUUUGAACCAGCCAAUCAGAUGGUAAAAUGCGACCCACGUCAUGGCAAGUACAUGGCCUGCUGCUUAUUGUUCCGCGGAGACGUGGUGCCGAAAGAUGUGAACGCUUCUAUAGGCACUAUAAAAACUAAGAGGACGAUACAGUUCGUGGACUGGUGCCCGACUGGAUUCAAGGUUGGAAUCAAUUACCAGCCUCCUACGGUCGUCCCAGGUGGUGAUCUGGCCAAGGUGCAACGUGCAGUUUGCAUGUUAAGCAAUACAACAGCUAUCGCCGAGGCCUGGGCUCGACUGGAUCAUAAGUUUGACUUGAUGUACGCCAAGCGCGCGUUCGUCCAUUGGUAUGUAGGCGAGGGAAUGGAGGAAGGAGAGUUCUCUGAGGCACGCGAAGAUCUAGCCGCAUUGGAAAAGGAUUACGAAGAAGUAGGGGUGGAUUCUGCUGAAGGAGGAGAAGAAGCUGAAGAAGGCGAAGAGUACUGAAGCCGAACUUGCUCCCACAAUGAUUUAAACGUUAUUUGAAGGAAAUAAAUUAAUUAAACCAAGAGAUUAUGAUCCUGAGAGAACACAUCCCUAAUCCAUUUUGGGCUUUGCCUCACGCUGUCAAAGUGAUUUUUAGCGUCGGUCCCAUGAUCGCGCAGCCAACACUCAACGGUCAUCGGGUCGUGUCCAUCCAAAUCGGAAAUUGAAAAUCCAGGGAGUUAAGAGAAAAAAAAUCAGUUUGUUUUGAACUACCGCACUGUAAGCAUUGGGAAUCAUUUUCAAAGCGCUGGGUAGGAAAAUUAUACGUGCUUCUCCGAAGUUAAAAGAAAAGCUGUGUCAUUCCCCUCUAUGAAUGAUUAACACAACGCGCCAAGACUCAUAUUUCUAACCCACGUGAAAGUCAUUUCUCGAAGAGAACUGAACGGAUUAAAUCAAAAAACAUCUCUUUCGAAAGGUUUUUCAAAGCGCAGGACAGCUAAAAUAUUAGUUUCCCGUUUGUUAGAACUUUCGCUCCGAAAAUCUUGGGGCAAAUUUUUGCACCGUUUAGAACAAGAAAGAUCUCUUUGGAAAGCAUUUUCAAAGCGCUGGGCAGGAAAAUUAUCUCCUAUGUGUUAUCCUAAGUUUAC